GGCCUGUCGCCAGGGCUGGUGGCGCAGUUGCUCGGCGGGCGCCAUCUUCCCUCGCGGCGCGGGCGGCGCCCUCCGUGGUCGCCUCACCUGCCCGGGCGCCGCGACGUUCGGGGCCAGGCGGAGCGGAGCUGCGCGCGGGACGCUGAGUUCUGUAGAUGGGACCGGGGCCACGCAGCCCUCGCCGUUCCCACACCCCUAGACCCAAAAUACCAGGCCGUCUGCUGGCUGUGGGAAGGGGCUGGGGCGGCGACUUGCUCGAUCCCACAGGUUUCUGAGGGGAAAGGUGACCCGAGGGCGACUUCGCGGCUGAUGGGUUUCCUCCCUUAUCUCCGCAUCCCCCUGGUCAAAUUGGAGGUGAGGAGUUCCUGCCUUCUCUCCUAAGGCCAGACACGGCGGCUUUGUUUUCUCUGGCCCGGCUGGAGGGCCGGGUAUUAAAGCUUUUCCUUCAUCCUUUUCCAGUUAUUGAGAGUAGGCAAAGCCGGUUACAAAAUUAAAAACAAACAGCAACAAAAGGACAGUUGAAGACAGUGCCUAUCUGCUCAUAGGUACCCUGUGUUUUCUUUUUUGGGUGAUUGUAAAAAUCCUGGAGAUAUAUUUAUUUGGCCAAAAUACGGGAAGGUGAUGGGUUUUAUGAUUUUAACAUGGUUUGCUUUGGUAUUACUUCAAGUGAUAGUGAAUUAAAAGUUGCUUAGAACUCCCAUCUGAAAACGUUAACUUGCUUUAAACCACUUUACUUUUUUCCUUUCCCUUUAAAAGAAGACUGUACCUGAAAUCAUCCAAAAAUAAGUAUCCUUGGGGUAGUAGCUCUAUAGUAAAAGGGGUGUACUUGAAGGUCUUAAAUUGUUACUGAAAGCCUAUAAAUCUCUUAUCUCUGUAGGAGUCCGAAGAGUGAAUAGUUAAAUUCUCAUGGAGAAAAGUAACAGUGGCACCAGUAGAUGUGUCCAUGAACAAGUAGUGAAUGUUAGAUACCCUUUAACAAAACCCACCAUAUAUUAAACAAUCUACUCUAUGCCAGGAACUGUGUUUGGUGCUUUAUAUAAUUCCUAUUUAUUACAUCAUCCCUGAAAUAUUGAUCUUAUUAUCUGCUUAUUAGGAAAGAAAUUAAUGUUCAUAGAAAUGGCCUGAUUGUUCAAGGUCUUGCCAUUUUAAGUGCUAAAAUCCACAUUGAAUUCCAAAAGCUUUUGAUUUACACCCAUGAUUUCCCAGUCUGACAGAAUCAACUGGGGAGAUGUUUUUAAAAUAUAGAUUUGUAUCAUUAUUUGCUAGGACCAGUUGUGUCCUUUUAAUAAUGUGUUAGGCAAUCUCAGUUUUAACCUCUGACUCCCAACUUCAUUACAACCCUAACCCCCCCUCCAGGACUGAAAUUCUGCCCAGGACCCUCUCAUUUGAAUAGGAGCCUAUUAUCCAAAGCUUUUCAAGUGAUUUCAGCAUAACAGAUAUGUAUUUGGAAUAUACUGUAUUGACUGUGUUCCUUUUUGAAUUGGAACAUGGGAAUUAAGGUCUAUAUCAUUUUGAGUUUUGCACAGUAUACUUCACAUUAUUCUCGUUUUUAUUUUUCUCCUGGCUGUUUGUCAAGUCUUGAAAUUAUUAUCUUGUAGAAUAAGGCUUAGGUAUUCUGCGAUUUUAAAGUCAGUACAUUUUAAAAAGUAGAUUGUCUCAUUCUUUUGAGAAGUUAUAUAACGUAUGGGUGUCUUGAGUCUAGCCAAACUAUCUAGUUUAGUCAAGACAGCUGUGUAACUAAAAUAGACUUGCAUCCAAGAUUUAUACAGGAAUUAGGAAUAGAGUAGAGAAGACACUGAAAUAAAGACCUAGAGAUAAAUCCUUAUAGGAAAGGAUUGUUUCCUGAAUUUUGAAUUGUAGACAUAUCUUUUGGGUUUUGGAAAGUAGGAUGGACAAAUCAUUCUAAACAUGAAACCGAAUAACAGUAUGAAUAAAAACAGUUCAGGAAGAAACACCUAGAACAGGUGCUGAACAGAUGACCUGACUAAAAUGAGAACCUGGUCAAGUAAUGGGGUCUAACUCCAGAGCAAAGAUCAUGUAUUUUCCUUCUUUUGUGCUAGCUCUUUUUUUUUUAUUCUCAAAUUACAGUUACGUUUUAUAAUCAUUAAGGAGAAUGGAUUUUAAUUAGGGUAGUAGAAUGUUUUGUUUUGGUUUGGGGUACUAGGGAUUGAACCCAGUACCUCACAUACAUGCUAAGCAGCACAAUACUGCUGAGUUAACACUCCCAGCUCUUGGUUUUUUUUUUUUUUUUUUUUCCCCUUCUCAUUUGUUUAGACAGGGUGUUGCUAUGUUAUCUAGACUGAUGUUGAACUCUUAAGAUUAAAGUGAUCCCCUACAUUUUGGGGGUGCGAUGGCAGAUCAGAAGUUCCAGGUCAGCCUGGGCAAUUUAGGGAGGUCCUGGCUCAAAAUAAAAAAGAUUUAAAAUGGUGAAGGGAAAUGGGAGUGUAAUUGUGGUAUAGUGCUUACCUAGCAUGUGCAAGGUCUUGUAUUUAAUUCCCAAUAUGAUAGAAAUGGAAAACCAACCUAAAUUUUUCAUGUAGAUGUCAGAAUUACACCAUCUUAGUAGGUAGUAUGUCCACAUUUCUCUUUCCUGUUUGAAAAUUUUUGUAAGGCAUAACUGUUGAAUGCCUAUGUGCAGUCUACAUCAGUCUGAUCACUGAGUGGGUGGAGUGCCAGUUUUUUGUUUUUUUUUUUUUUAAUUUUCUGGCAUUUCUUCCUUUGUUUUUCAUGGCAAAUGCCAAAGUAAUUGCAACCUUUGACUAAAAUCCAAUAAAGCUUGAAAUAAGGCAGUGUAGAGGGAAAAAGCUGUAUUUAAAAGUAGGCUUUAGAGGAAUUCAAGACAGGAUAUCUGCACUUGGGAUUUACAGCAUAAUUGGGAAGAGAGAAAACACAACUGAGGUAAUUACAGAUUAAGAAAAACUUAAGAAGUGCCUGGUGGAUCUAAAAGAGUGUAUUAGAACAGACCAUUUUGGCUAGUAAGGGUCAAGAAGAGUUUCUUAGAAGAGGUGACAUUGGAGCUGAGACUUGAAACACAAGCUUGUGCUAACCAUGUGAAAAACUGGGGCUGUAUUUCAGGCUCAGGCCUGUGAAAAGUGUAAAGACCUGAAGGCAGGCGUUAGGCUGAAGGGAAGGCUACUGGGAACAAGGGGAGAAUGGAAUGAGAUGGCGUUGGAAAGCUUCUGCAGGGUCUCUUGUAUUAGGCCAUAGAGGGAUUUUUAGAUUUUACUGGAAUGACAAUGAGAUGCUAUUGAAGGAUUUUAAUUAGGGUAGUGGUAUGUUUUGUUUUGGUUUUGGGUACUAGGGAUUGAACCCAGUACCUCACACACAUGCUAAACAUCACAAUACUGCUGAGUUACACUCCCAGCCCUUGUUUGUUUUCUUUCUUUUCUUCUCCUUCUCAUUUGUUUAGACAGGGUGUUGUUAUGUCACCCAGGCUGAUCUUAAACUCUUAAGAAGUUAAAGUGAUCCCUGGCUUCAGCUUCCCUAGUGCUAUGGGCAGGCACCACCUGUGGGCAAGCAUCACCCACCCUGCUCCUGUUUUUGUUUUUAAAGUUUUAAGCUCCUGUUUUGCUCCUGUCUGCUGUGUGGAGGAAGAGAAGAAGCAGAGAGGGAAGUUAGGUUAUUGCAACAUUCAACCCCAAACCGAUGGUAUCUUAGGCAAGUAGACUGGCAAUGAAGAUAGAGAAAAGUAGAUGGCAGGUUUCAAAUAUACUUUAGAGAUGGAAUCAAAAGGCUUUACAUAAUGAGUUGGCUCUGGAAAAGAGGAAGAGGAAUCAAGGAUGCCUUUAGGCUUUUGUCUAAAUCUAGGGUGACUGAUGGUUCCAUUUGCUGGUUGGAGAAGACUGGAAGAGGAAUAGGUGGUUGGAGGUAGGUAAAAAGUUCUUGUGGAAUCUGUUGUUUUAAAUAUUCUUGUGAGAUAUCCAAAGGGAGAGUCAGGUGGAGAGCGAAUACUUGAGUUGAGCUGAGAGGAGAGGUCUAGACUGGACAUAAUGUUGGGAGUCUCUAGUGUGCAGAUGGUAUGAUAUGGAACUAUCUGAGAUCAUUUGUGAACAUAGAGGCCUUAAGAUCAAGCCCUAACCACUUUUAAUGACUAUAGGUUAAGUCAAGGAGAUUGAAAAGGCUCAGCCAUUAAAGUGGGAGAAUGAGUAUUUUAUCCUUCAAGAAAGAGGGAAUGGUCACCUUCAUAAAAUGCUGCUGAAAAGUAAGGAUAGGAAAAUGUCCAUUUGGCUUUGGCAAUGUUGGGUGACUGUUUUAACAAAUAGUGGUAUAUGAGGAUGGAAGCCAGAUUGGGAUGUGUUAAAGAGAGAAUGGGAAGUGAGGUAAUGCUAUGAGGAGAGAAAUAGCACAGCAGUGAUAAGGGAUGGGUACAAAGAGAUGGCUUUUUGUUGUUUCCUUGUUUCUUUUUGUGGUGUUGGAGGAUUGAACCCUGGCCUGCAUGCUAGGCAUAGAUAAGUGCUCUACCAUUGAGCUAUUCUUUCAACCCAAGGAAGAAUACUUUAAAAAAAAAAAUGGUGGGAGAUAAAAGAACAUUUUCAAAUAGGCUAAGAAUACCUAAUAGGGAGAUUAAUGCAGAAGAGAAAGGAAAGUACCAAAAUGCACAGAAUUAUUUUUUUAAAAAAUAUUUAUUUUUUAGUUAUAGGUGGAUACAAUAUCAUUAUUUUUUAAAAUUUUUAUGUGGUGCUGAGGAUCAAACCCAGUGCCUCACGCAUACUAGGCUCUACCUCUGAGCCACAACCCCAGCCCCAAAUGCACAGAAUUCUUAAGAAAGUGGGAAAGAAUUCAGAACAUAAGAAGAGGUUUUGCCUAAGGUGGGUACAGGAUGACUUACUGCAUAGUAGGGGAGAAGGCAGAGAAAUACGGGCAAAGUGCAAGGAGAUCUACAAAUGGAGGCAGAAUAUAGGACUUUACAUUCUGAUGGCUUCUGUUUUCUCAGUGAAGCUGGAGGCAAGGCCAGCAACUUAAAGUAAAGGAAGAAGGGGUAGUGACUGGUUUCAGGAGAAAUGGACACCUCACCUUGGGCAGCAGGACAAGGAACUCAGUGGGAAACAAGGUAGGAUUGCUGGGUGGUGUUGAAUGUCUGGCUGUCUUGGAGUCAUGAAUUUGAGGUGGAACCAAUCAGCCAAGCUAUGUGUAUAAUUUUCUGUGAGCAAUGUUCAGCUGUUGAAAAGGGCAGCAAAGAGCAGGCAGUUGAUGGGUUUAACUAAGAUUGGAGAUUUUCCCUGCAGAUGUGAUAGAGGUAGGGAGGUGCUAGGGAAUUGAGAGAGUUGCAGGAGGGUGACUUCAAUGAUGAGUCCUGGAAUGUUAGGUGGGCAGCAAAACAGGAAGAUAUUGGGGAUGGGGGCAUUUGACCAUGAAAAUCACUGUGGUUAAAAAUGAAUUACUGGGGGGCUGGGGAUGUGGCUCAAGUGGUAGCGCACUUGCCUAGCAUGCAUGAGGCACUGGGUUCGAUUCUCAGCACACAUAAAAAAAAAUAAUUAAUUAAAAAAAAUGAGUUACUGGAUUUAACUCAUUAUUAGAGGUUUAAUUUGGGAUAAUGAAAAAAUUCUGGAGCUGGAUAGUAGGUUACACAGCACAGUCAAUGUACUUAAUGCCUCUGAACUGUAGGUUAAAGAUGGUUAAAACAGUGUUUUUUUUUUAGUUGUCAGUGGACCUUUAUUUUUUUUAUAUGCAGUGCUGAGAAUCAAUGUCUCAAUGAUUUUUUUUUUGUUGUUACCAUGUACCUCACACAUGGUAGGCAAGAGCUAUACCACUGAGCCUCAACCCCAGCCCCCACAGUAGUAGAUCUUAUGGUAUAUUUUGUCACAAUAAAAAGGAAUUUACAUUUUGUUUAUUUUUGAUGCUGGGGAUUGAAUCCAGGAGUGUUAUACACUGAGCUAUGUCCUCAACCUUUUUGGAAAAAAAAUUUUUUUUGGUACUGUAGAUUGAACCCAGCAGUGAUUAAUCACUGAGCCACAUCCCCAGCCUUUUUUUAUUUUUUUUAUUUUGAGACAGAGUCUUGCUAAGUUGCUUAGGGCCUCACUGAGUUGCUGUGGCUAGCUUUGAACUUGUGAUCCUACUGCUCAGUCUCCCAAGCUGCUGGGAUUACAGGUGUGUGCCCACUAUGCCUGGCCCUUUUUUUUUUCGAAUUUUGAUAACAGGGUUUCAUAAAGUUCUGAGACUUGCCUUGAACUUACUUCCUUUCUUUUUUUUUUUUCCUAUACUAGGGAUUGAACCCAGGAGUUUUCUACCUCUGAGCUACAUCCCCAGUAGGGUAUUUUUGUUUUUUCAGGUUUUAUUUUGAGACAGGGUCUCACUGAAUUGCCAGGGCUGGGAUUACGGGCAUGUGCCACCAUACCUGGUUAUGAAUUACCUUUUAAGAAUUUAGCACUUGCACUUUUAUGGCAGAUACAGAUAUUAUUGCAUAAUACUUCGUACUCAUUAUAUAAUACUGUAUUUUCCACAGAAGACAGUUCAUUUAGGAAUCAAAUCUCAUAAACUACUGAGAUGAAAGAGAAAGUGUUUCCUCUUAUUAUUGUACCAAACUUGAAUGUGCUCUACAGUCAUCUAUAAACAGAUUCUGGAAUAGGGUGUGAACAUCUUAUAUUAUUUGUUUUCCUGUUUACUGAUUUGUCCUAAGCCUUUAGCAUAGCAUUUAAAAACAAGCUGGGCACUCAGUAAACUAUUUGUGGACUGAAUACCCUAGGGAACCUAGGUAGAGAAAAAUGAUGAGAACCAAAAGAAAAACAGUUUGUCUAGAUAGGUGGAGAUCAGCAAUGCCUUCAAUUAAAGGGAUCUGUGAGGAAAAAAACUAGGAAGACCAUUGGAUGUGGCAGCUAUUGUUAGUGUUUGACAUUCUGACCUCUGCAUAUGAUGGGGAAAAAAAUCAGAUUAUAGGGCACGGAGGAAGUAUGUUGAGAAUUUUUAAAAAAUUUGAGACAGGGUCCCACUAAAUUGCUGAGGCUGACCUUGAAUUUGUAAUCUUUCUGGAAGCCUCAGUCUCCUGAGUCUCUGGAAUCACAGAUAUGUACCACCACACCCAGUUGAGAAAAUAAUUUUUUAAAGAUCUGAAUAAUGCCAGGUGAAAGUGUCUAGUAUUUGCCUUAACUAACUUUCUCUUUCUUUCCUCUUUGAAUCUGCAAUUCACUUUUUCAUGAAGUUCCUGUUCCCAGAAUUGGCUACAAACUAAUAGUAAAGUGAAAUUAGGAGAAUGGAGUAGCUGAUAGAAUUCAAAAUAAAUGUCUACAAUGCUCACUGAAAAGAUCCAUUGUCAUUUGUCAAAGCAAUUGUUUAAGGAGAGAGGAGCAAAUCUGUGGAAAGUAUCAUAUAGGUGUGGGUGGAAUUGGGUAAAAGAAAUGGUGCUUGGCUCAGUGAGGCAGCAUGAUUUAAACACAUUCCAAAUCCAUCUGCAUGGCAUGCUUCUCUCUUGAUGGAUAAUGUUCUGUAGUAGAAGUGGGAAAGAUGGAGAGUGAGGAAGCUGGCAGAAAGGUGAUGGGGUGGGGGAUGAGCAUGAGAAGGGAGAGCUGACAGAAGAGGAGUGCCAUUGUGAACUUGACCAGAGCCUCAAGGUGGAAGCACUGCAAGGGCACCUGGCUGGUUGGGGUGGAGCCCAGGGUGCGCUGUGCUGAGGUGGCUUGCCCCUGUAGUGUGUUUCAAGAGAGUUGCUGCUGUAGACAGAGGCUGCAUAGGAAGGUGGAAGAAACCUGGAGCAACUAACUGGCUUGGGUCUGUUUUUCCCUCCCUGCCUCUUGUAUUUUCAUUCCCAGUACUGAGACUUCACUGUACCGCAUCUACUUAAUUAUACCCAGAUUCUCCUAAAUCCUAACCAACUUUAUAAAGUUGUGGCUUGUUUAAUUGUAAAUUUCUGUUUAAUAAAGUUGUGAAAUUGAACAUUUUCUGUUUUUGUGGGUUCUUUGACUCUCUCAUUUGCAAACACAUUAAAUGCUUAUAUUGCCUGAAAUUAAAGUCCUGAACCUGAGUAUACAAGGAAAUAAGGAAAUACAUGUUCCCUUUCUAGAAAUGGCUUUUAUUGCAGUUCAACCAAAAUUCAGAUUGCUCUCUUGUAUCAUCAGGAAUUAAACUUUGUGUCCUGACCUGCAAUUGAAGCAUUAUCACAAGGAAGAAAGUGGAAGGAAAGAGAAAUACUAUUCAUUAAACUUUUACACUGUUUCAGAACCUGAGUUGGACUCUCUGAUCGGGAGCAGAGAUGGGAAAUCUGUUGGCUCCUCAUGGCUUUUCUUACACAACAAGGAUCCUGUUAGACAAUAAGAAUCCAGAAUAAGCCAAUGUGGAACUGUGAAAUGUUGUCAUGGAUGAUGAUGAUGACUCGUGUCUCCUUGAUCUUAUUGGAGACCCACAAGCAUUGAACUAUUUUCUACAUGGACCUAGUAAUAAAUCUAGUAACGAUGACUUGACUAAUGCAGGAUAUUCUGCAGCCAAUUCAAAUUCAAUUUUCGCCAACUCUACUAAUGCUGAUCCUAAAUCAUCCCUCAAAGGUGUAAGCAACCAGCUUGGAGAAGGGCCCAGUGAUGGACUGCCACUUUCAAGUAGCCUUCAGUUUCUUGAAGAUGAACUUGAGUCUUCUCCUCUUCCUGAUCUCAGUGAGGACCAACCUUUUGACAUUCUUCAGAAAUCCUUGCAGGAGGCUAAUAUCACUGAACAGACAUUGGCAGAAGAGGCAUAUUUAGAUGCCAGUAUAGGUUCAAGCCAACAGUUUGCACAAGCUCAGCUUCAUCCUUCUUCAUCAGCAUCCUUUACUCAGGCUUCUAAUGUUUCUAAUUACUCAGGUCAGACGCUGCAGCCUAUAGGGGUGACUCACGUGCCUGUUGGUGCAUCAUUUGCAAGCAAUACAGUAGGUGUGCAACAUGGCUUUAUGCAACACGUGGGGAUCAGUGUUCCCAGCCAGCAUUUGUCAAAUAGCAGUCAGAUUAGUGGUUCUGGUCAAAUACAAUUAAUUGGGUCAUUUGGUAAUCAACCUUCCAUGAUGACUAUUAAUAAUCUAGAUGGAUCUCAAAUUAUAUUAAAGGGCAGCGGACAGCAAGCCCCAUCAAAUGUGAGUGGAGGGCUUCUGGUUCAUAGACAGACUCCUAAUGGCAACUCUUUGUUUGGUAACUCCAGUUCCAGUCCAGUAGCACAGCCCGUUACCGUUCCAUUUAACAGCACAAAUUUUCAAACAUCUUUACCUGUGCAUAACAUCAUCAUACAAAGGGGUCUUGCACCAAACUCAAAUAAAGUCCCAAUUAAUAUACAGCCAAAGCCUAUCCAGAUGGGUCAGCAAAAUACAUACAAUGUGAACAAUUUGGGAAUUCAGCAGCAUCACGUACAACAAGGGAUCUCUUUUGCCUCUGCAAGCUCACCCCAGGGCUCAGUAGUUGGUCCACACAUGUCUGUGAACAUUGUCAACCAACAGAACACAAGAAAGCCCGUCACCUCACAGGCAGUGAGCAGCACUGGGGGUAGUAUCGUUAUUCAUUCCCCCAUGGGCCAGCCUCAUACACCCCAAAAUCAGUUCCUCAUACCUACAAGCCUUUCCGUCAGUUCCAACUCGGUACACCAUGUCCAGACCAUUAAUGGGCAACUUCUUCAGACUCAACCUUCUCAGCUCAUUUCUGGCCAAGUGGCCUCGGAGCAUGUCAUGUUGAAUAGGAAUUCUUCCAACAUGCUCAGGACCAACCAACCAUAUUCUGGACAGAUGAUAAACAACCAGAAUACUGCCGUCCAGUUAGUGUCGGGGCAAACAUUCGCCACCUCUGGAAGUCCAGUAAUAGUCAAUCAUGCCUCUCCUCAGAUUGUUGGUGGGCAGAUGCCCUUGCAGCAAGCGUCACCAACUGUAUUACACCUGUCACCUGGGCAGAGCAGCGUUUCCCAAGGAAGACCAGGCUUCACUACCAUGCCCUCUGCAACAAGCAUGUCAGGACCUAGUCGGUUCCCUGCUGUUAGUUCAGGCAACACUGCCCAUCCUAGCCUUGGGUCUGUGGUUCAAUCUGGUGCAUCAGGAUCAAACUUUACGGGAGACCCGCUGACCCAGCCAAACAGGACUCCAAUACCAGUCAGCGUGUCUCAUCGUCUUCCAGUUUCUUCUUCCAAAUCUACCAGCACCUUCAGUAACACACCUGGAACAGGAACCCAGCAACAGUUCUUCUGUCAGGCUCAGAAAAAAUGUUUGAAUCAGACCUCCCCCAUGUCCACUUCCAAGACUGCAGACGGCCUGAGACAAACACAGAUCCCUGGGCUCUUGAGCACAGCACUGCCAGGACAGGAUUCUGGAAACAAAGUUAUGUCGGCAUCUUUAGGAACUGCACAGCCACAACAGGAAAAAGCAGUUGGAUCAUCUCCUGGCCAGCCAGCUGUGCAGGUGGACAGUCAUUCAGGAGGACAAAAAAGGCCUGCUGCAAAACAGCUAACUAAAGGAGCUUUCAUUCUUCAGCAGUUACAGAGGGACCAAGCCCAUGCUGUGACACCUGACAAAAGCCAGUUCCGAUCACUGAGUGAUGCAGUGCAGAGACUGCUCUCCUACCAUGUGUGCCAGGGCUCCAUGCCCACCGAGGAAGACCUGAGGAAAGUGGACAGUGAAUUUGAAACAGUUGCCACUCAGCUCCUAAAGAGGACCCAAGCUAUGCUUAACAAAUACAGAUGCCUGCUCCUAGAAGACGCCAUGCGGAUCAAUCCCUCUGCUGAAAUGGUGAUGAUUGAUAGAAUGUUCAACCAGGAGGAAAGAGCUUCCCUAUCCCGGGACAAACGUCUGGCACUUGUAGACCCUGAGGGGUUUCAGGCCGAUUUCUGUUGUUCCUUCAAACUUGAUAAAGCUGCUCAUGAGACACAGUUUGGCAGGAAUGACCAGCAUGGCAGUAAAACAACCAGUUCUCUACAUCUGGCAGCCAAGGCCCAAAGCAGAGACCGAGCCAAACCAAGCGUGACCGAACCAACGAAUCAUGACCAAUUUCAUCUAGUGCCUAAUCACAUUGUGGUCUCUGCAGAGGGAAACAUUUCUAAAAAAACGGAAUGCCUCGGCAGAGCCCUGAAAUUUGACAAAGUGGGCUUAGUUCAAUACCGGAGCUCAUCUGAAGAGAAAGGCAACCGGAGAGACCCCAUGAAGACCAGUGAGUGCUCUCCUGGCCCUGAAGGCCACCGCAAAACCUUGUCCAGACCAGAUCAUGGUACUGAGAACAAACUCUCCGGUAUCCUAGUAGACUCCCACUUGGAGAUGUCAUGUAACGAUUCCUUCCAGGACAAAACUCGGAGGAAUUCUCCAAAGAAUGAAGUUUUACACACAGACAUCAUGAAAGGGUCAGGUGAACCCCAGCAAGAUCUCCAGCUCACCAAGAGUUUAGAAACAACAUUUAAGAACAUAUUGGAACUCAAGAAGGCUGGGCGGCAACCGCAGAGUGACCCCACGGUUAGCGGCUCUGUUGAAUUAGAUUUCCCCAACUUUUCUCCAAUGGCUUCGCAGGAAAACUGCCUAGAAAAGUUUAUCCCGGACCAUAGUGAAGGCGUUGUAGAAACGGACUCCAUUUUAGAAGCAGCUGUAAAUAGUAUCCUAGAGUGUUAAUAGCAGCAGUCCCUCCCCAGCCCCCAGCCCUUGCCCCGGACAAGUUACAUUCUCUCCUGGCAAAAGCAAAUGGAAACGGUCUCCUGUCUCCAGCCUGCUUGGUCUUUCAUCACAGGUUAUUCUUUUUAAUCUCAGUCCUGUUCUUUGUUUAAGAGCAAUACUUGUCGUGGUUAUAGGGAGAUCCUUUAGUAAAAUUCAUCCUUGUUAGAGAGCAGUCUGGUAGGCCCUACACAUUUCAAGUGUUAUGAAAGUGCUUAUGGUCAUUUUUUGUUUGUUUUGUUUUUUUUUUAACACUGUCUCUCCAUGAGCCCACAGUACACUUGACCCUGAGUAAAGUUUUGACAAUCAUAAGUCAUUUGAAAAGAACAGACUUAUUAAAGAAAAUCAAACAGGACUGAUAGAAGCUACUUUUUAAAGAAUAUCUCACUGCAGCUCCAAAUUAGUGUUUUUUCUGUUUUGUUUUGUUUUUUUGCGGGGGUAUUGUUCGGGGAAGACCACCUCGUUCCUCCCCGCUCAGCCCUCUCUGAGCAGUAAGUUGCUGACUGCUCUGCCAAGGACUCUACAGCCCUGGUGUCAGAAGUCAGUAGCACAUAAGCAGGGCAUUUGCAGGGCUUCCCUGUUGAUCAUUCAAGUGCUUUUCCAAUGCUCCUGGAGCAAAACCUCAUGCUUUUCAGCAUAUCCAUGUCAAAUUUCAUCUAGGGAAUGCUCUGUUCUUAGUUGUAAUAGCAUGACUUGAAAUAAUUUCACCAGGCUGAAUAAAGGAAAAUGGAAACCAGUUAAGUGGCACAGUGUACAGGGGAGGCCGGGAUAGAGCCAUGAGGAUUAUAAUAUGUAUAUAUGUAAAAGCAUAUAUAUGUUAACUAUGAAAAAAAAACAAAGAGUUUUGCAUUUUAUAAUUGGGUAUAGUCAACAUACAAUGUAUGUUUUGUUUGUUGCUGGGUUUGGUUUUAUUUAACCUCUCUGUGUACCCUCUCCCACAACAAAUAGCCAAGCAUCAAAAGCACUUUCAUUUGAAAACUAAGUUGCAAUUUUUCAGUUCAUACUUUAAGGGGACUUUGGCCUUGUUUCUGCUUCUUGUUGUCUGAGAACAGUAGUCACUCCUGUCAGCAAUCAUUACCAAAACACAGACAAACCAAAGGUAACCAGCCAGCCCAUCACUGAAAGGAAAGAGCUGAGACAUAGGAUUCCCACUUGAGAGCCAAAGGAUAUGCCCUGUCAUAGUUUGUGUUUGGCCUGUGUUCAUAUCAGUGAACACGACUUAUUGCUUUAUUUAUUUAUAUUUCUUUUCAGGGAGCAUUCCCCAUUUUCCUUUCUUGUAUAGCUGUCCCAGAUCAUCCCAUUUCUGUUGUUUCUUUGAUUUUCCAUGUCAUUGUAACCACCAAUGGGAAGGCUACACACUGGUAGGUUAUAUGCAUUCUUCUCUCACAGGGCAUGCACAUGUGUCUGAGCUGUUGGGAUCCAAGGUCAUUUUGGUUUCAGUGUAUGCACACUUGCUUACUUACUCUGCUCAUCUCCUUGUCCAUAGAUAUGUACCCAUUGGUCUCCACUCUAACAUAUUCCCAGAGUGGGGAUGAUCCCCAUUGUCAUCAUGUUGGGCAUUUCUUUUCCAGAUUGGCCUGCAAUGGAAAAGAAGGCUUCUGAUCAUUCAGUACACAGCAACAGAAGACCUAUAUCUUCCCUGCCCCUCUGUCCCUCCUUACAAAGAAAUCCCAUGAGAUACCCAGUCUGUAUAAGAGCAAAGUACCUUCUCCCUACCCCCAAGCCCUGGCCAAUUGAAAUAGGAAAAUGUGGGCCAUCUAGGGUUUCCAUUUUUUCCUUAUUUGUGCCAAUGUCCAAGUUGCGAUUUCCCCUUCUUACUGUAUUAUAACAUGUUAGAAAGAUAAGUUGGUAUUGCCAGUUGGACCUUUCUGUUUGGGCAGCCCUGGGUUAACAGCCCACCCUGAACCCAUGAUUUCACAGGCUCUUCUUCUGUUAGGGCUCACACUCCCCUAAUUCAAGAUGGUCCCUCCUGAUCAAAUUCUUCUCAUUGUGGAACUUUAUACCUGGAAGCCUUCAUGUGGGCUGCUAAUGAAUUACAUUAAUUACUGUGAAUCAGUGGAAUUCUUAAGAGAUAAGCUUCAUGUACAUUCGUCACCUCUCUUUCUGCCCUCUCCUGCCCUCCUAUCCCACUUCAAGCUUUUCUAUAUGCCAUCUUCAAGGGUUUUUAAGCCCUAACACUUGUCAGCAAAUGGAGAGCCUAAUUUACCAAAAUGAAACUUGUAAAUUUUUGUGUCCUUGUAUGUAAGUUUACUUUUUAUGGAGGAAAGAUUCUAGAUAAUGACAAAUGAAGAUUACAAAAUGUAUUUUACUCCUGUGAUUAGGUUACGUGCACAUGGGUCAUGACUCGCAUGUCGAGCCCCUCUGACGAAGGAUAAGAGAGCUCAGCCUUGGACGCCAACAUUCAGUUGUUCAGGUUCAUUAGUCAAAGUUAAGUUUUAGAACUACUUGUACUCAGUAACAAAAAUCAUUUUCUUUUCUUUUCUUUCUGUUUGUUGUUGUGAAAAAAGUGUGAAUUUGUUAUUACGCAUUUGAUUUUCUGUGUCCUUAAGUACUGCCUAAAGAUAAAGCAAAUUUUAAACUGGCAAUUACGAAAAAGAACUAUUUUAGCUCUGAAGAAUUUAGUAGACUCUGUUAGAUUAGGGAGGCCUUACAGACUGACUUGACCUAAAGAGGACGCGUCACUCGCUGUCAGUGUGGUGUGGCUUUAUUUGCUUAAAUACCUUCAUUUGUAUAGUAUGUCUCACUUGAAAUUGCUUUGUAUACAUUUUGUAAAAAUAUUUAUAAAAUGUUUUGUAAAAAAAAAAGUAUAACAAAUUGCAGUUUAUUUUGUUAUGUUGGAUAAAUACUGUUAAAAGAAACCAGUCAGUAACUAUAUUGUUAAUCCAUGGUUAGGAAAUGUUUAGUUGGAGAUUACAAAAUGAAACAACCAUUGCAAUACAGCCAAAGAUUUGGGAAAA